AUCCAAGACCUCCAGUGAUUGUUUGUACAGAUAGACCCGGUGAUCCCUCUCUAGGAAUAAAGGGGCUCACUUUUUCCCACAAAAAAUCUGUCCCAGAGGGGGGCCACAAACAAGAGAGAGGCAGGGGGUAUGAUAUACUAAUGAGGUAUGAUGUAAGAGCUUGGUCAUAUAGAGAACAAUGUGAAAGGGCAUUAUGACAUUUGUAGCAUUCAGACUGUAGGGGGCAGUAAUGUUUGAAGCUGGCCCUCCCUCUGCAGUCGGCCUCUCCCACCCUGAGUAUUCUGGGAAAUUAGUCCCUCAAAGAGUUGCUUCCUUCCUCCACUGAAGCUGUGGCUGCCUGAUCCGAAGGACCCCAUCUCUCACCUUGAGUGGUACUGAUUCACUGGACAAGAACAUGGAAAACAACGAUCGAGGACUUCUUAGAGCAGCACCUGCAGACACAAGGCUUCAAACCGGGCCUGGCCAAGUCCAUCCAACUCGCCCGGGUGCUGCUCAGCCAGAGACACCCCAGGGUCCUCAAGCGGGUGGUGAACGUCCCCUCCGUCGUACACAUGGACUUUCAGAGGCACAGAAACUUCUCGCUGCACUCGCCCUAAAGCGGCGGCGGCCACGCCGGCCAGUUCAAGAAGAAAAACGCCAAGAAGAGCUCCAGGAGAGUGAUCUGGAAGAGGAGGGGGCAGCAGCAUCGGCCAUGGUCUCAGAAACAGCAGCUGAGCUGGGAGCCCAGACGCCUGACCCCGAACCUGAGCAUUUUCCAACUCAGAAAAUACCCUUCAAAGGGUACCGCUCGCGCUGGGGGGACAGCGGCUUCUACUACAAGUCUGGCCAGAAGCUGCCCUCGUUCAAGUCAAUUGAGCUGAAGGAUGACAAUCCCCAGGCCAUCAAGCAGGAGUUUGUGAAGGUCCGUCAGAAGGUGGACGCCCUGCUGAGCUGCCUGGAGAAGGGGCCCGACCCCGAGGCCGCCGAGAAGGCCAAAGGGGCUGAGGGCGGUGGCUCCCAGGCCACCCUCACCGACUUGAACCUGAAGACCGAUGACAGCAGCAGCAGCAGCAGCAUCAGCAGCAGCAACGGGAACUGGGCCUAGGGGGACAUGGAGGAUCGCGGCGAGAGGACCAGCCGGGCUGGCUCUAGGACAAUGGAGGGGCAGUGGUACUCCUCAGCUGGUGGGGCAGGGCCCCCCGGCCCCCCAGACCCUUGUCCUAGAGCCAGCCUCACCAGGUCCUCCCCCGAUACCUUCCCGUCCAUCUCACUGGUGUCCUCCAUCUUUGUCCCUCCCCUGAUCCCUCUGAUUGCAGAGGCCUGAGCCCCAUCAAAGAUCUUUGAGGAACUUGCGAAA